UCGCGUAGGACGUCCCUGUGCCAGGGGUGAAUGAAUACCGUUAUCUUUUCCUCUGCACCGUCUCACUUCAUAGGCUUUACCGGGAACUCAAGCUGCAGCUGCAAUUAAGGAACCACGCCUGUUGCUAUUUAAUUUCCCUGAAUUGUAGCACUUAUACGACAGCUCCCUAGAGCUAAAAGAAUAGUUACAGGCUCCCAACCAGAAAUCACACUACUCGUUGAUUUUUUUUUCCUAAAUCCCCCCUUAUUAAUUGUAUUAUCGCGAGAGCCAAUAGUACAAGCCUCCUGGGCUGAUCUUGACCACUGCUGCCGGGCUGGGAGUUAAUAUCCCCGCUCUCUGACCUGGAGCACGCACUAUAGCAGAGAUGGAAUACCUCAUUUUUUUAGUGAUUUCAUCCUCGAUCAAUUUUGCAACUUCUGUCUUGUCCAAUGAUGUUCCUCAAGCCCCUGUGCCAAUUCCUAAAGAGAAAUUGCUCGUCUUAACUGUUGCAACUGAGGAAACAGAUGGUUUCCUCCGCUUCAUGAGGUCUGCUGACUAUUUUAACUACACUGUGAAGGUGUUGGGAAUGGGAGAGGCAUGGAAGGGCGGCGAUGUGGGUCGUUCUAUUGGUGGAGGGCAAAAAGUCAGACUACUGAAGAAUGCCAUGGAGGCUCUGGCUGAUCAGGAGGAUCUUGUUGUCCUCUCUGUGGAUAGCUAUGAUCUUAUCUUUGCUGGGGGACCAGAAGAAAUUCUCAGGAAGUUUCAGCAGGCCAAUCACAAGGUGCUAUUUGCUGCAGAGGGACUGGUAUGGCCAGAUAAACAGCUCGCUGACAAGUACCCCUUAGUCCGCACUGGGAAACGCUACCUCAACUCUGGAGGUAUAAUUGGCUACGCCCCGUACAUAAACAGAAUAGUUUCACAGUGGAACCUUCACGAUAAUGAUGAUGACCAGCUCUUCUACACUAAAAUAUACCUGGACCCAUUACAGCGGGAAUCUCUCAAUAUGACUUUGGACCACAAGUGCCAGAUUUUUCAAAACCUGAACGGGGCUGUUGAUGAAGUGCUUCUCAAGUUUGGAACGGACAGAGUGAGAGUUAGAAACACGGCGUACAACUCUCUGCCAGUAGUUGUCCAUGGCAACGGAAACACCAAAAUGUACUUGAACUAUCUGGCCAACUAUGUUCCCAAUGCAUGGAACUAUGAACACGGCUGUAGCCACUGUGAUGAUGACGUCGUAGACUUUUCUCAGUUAAAAGAGUAUCCAAAUGUGCUGGUUGGAGUAUUCAUUGAGCAGCCAACUCCAUUUCUUCCUGAAUUCUUUCAGCGACUGCUGACCCUGGAUUACCCAAAGGAUAAACUCAAACUCUUUGUCCACAACAAUGAGGUUUACCACGAGAAGCACAUCCAGAGGUUCUGGGAAGAGAACAAGAAUGUGUUCAACAGUUUCAAAGUUGUGGGACCAGAAGAAAAUUUGAGCCAAGGAGAGGCCAGGAAUAUGGCAAUGGAUCUUUGCCGUCAGGAUGCCACAUGCGACUACUACUUCAGCAUAGAUUCUGAUGUCAUGCUGACCAACAGACAGACACUGAAGCUCCUCAUUGAGCAAAACAGAAAAAUAAUUGGCCCCCUUGUCACUCGUCACGGCAAGCUGUGGUCCAACUUCUGGGGAGCCUUGAGUCUGGAUGGGUAUUACGCCCGAUCUGAAGAUUAUGUUGACAUUGUGCAGAGGAAACGCGUGGGUGUGUGGAACAUUCCUUACAUGGCACAUGUAUACCUGGUCAAGGGCAGUGCCUUAAGGAAUGAAUUGAAAGAAAGGAACUACUUUGUUCUGGAAAAACUGGACCCAGAUAUGGCUUUAUGUAGAAAUGCCAGAGAAAUGACCAGUCACAGAGAAAAAGACUCCCCUUCUCCGGAAUCAUUCCAUAUGCUCAGGCCCCCAAAGGGAGUCUUCAUGUACAUAACCAACCGUCACGAAUUUGGGAGGCUCAUUUCCACAGCCAAUUAUAACAUUUCUCAUUACAACAAUGACUUGUGGCAGAUAUUUGAAAACCCUGUGGACUGGAAAGAGAAAUAUAUCCACUCAAACUACACUCGAAUUUUCACUGACAACUACUUGGAGCAGCCAUGUCCAGAUGUGUUCUGGUUCGCGGUCUUUUCAGAGAAGGCUUGUGAUGAACUAGUCGAGGAGAUGGAGCAUUACGGUUCAUGGUCUGGAGGCAAACACCAGGACAAGCGGAUUGCUGGAGGCUAUGAGACUGUGCCGACAGAUGACAUUCACAUGAAGCAAAUUGGGUUUGAGAAAGAGUGGCUGCAUUUCAUCCGAGAGUUCAUAUCACCUGUCACUUUAAAAGUUUUCUCUGGCUAUUACACAAAGGGUUAUGCUUUGAUGAACUUUGUUGUAAAAUACACUCCUGAGAGACAAGCCUACCUGAGGCCCCACCAUGACUCCUCUACCUUCACCAUUAACAUUGCUCUCAAUAACAAAGGCAUAGACUUUCAGGGAGGGGGUUGCCGUUUCCAUCGGUAUAACUGUAGCAUAGAAUCACCGAGGAAAGGCUGGAGCUUCAUGCACCCGGGACGACUGACUCACCUGCAUGAAGGCCUACCCACAACCGGCGGCACCCGCUAUAUUGCAGUGUCCUUUAUUGAUCCUUGAACUACCUGACGGCCUUAUGAUGAAAAC